UUUAUCGUUAGAAUCAGUCGAAAGCAGAGCACAGUAUAAAUCGGUGACAAAAUGUUGGCCAUCAAUUUCUUUUUCUAUUUAAUGGUGAUUACCAUGCUAUUGGUCUUCACGACACCAGCAGCCGAGGGUACCAUCAUGCUAUUCCUGUGUUUGGCACGCUCUCCCCUCUGUCCAUUCAGAACAACUACGCCGCCGCCGACAUAAUUGGAUCACACAAUGUAAACAAUAAACAAAAAUAAAUAUAUAAACUUGCAUUGAA